AUGAGAAGGCCUGGGCGAAGCGAGCCCCCCGAAUCAACCGGAGUAGGCGGCUCGAGCUUAGUGGCGGUGAUGCGGUGGGGAGGCCACUGCGUAGUUACCCUUGAAAAGCCAAGAACGGCUGCCCUGAUGGAACCUGGUCUGCGAGUGAAGGGGCGCAGGCGAAAAGAGCCGAGGCCGCGAGGAAAUCAGCGCCGACCUGGAGGGAAGGAGCGCCCGUCCUUCCUCAAGCGGGCGUCUUCCCCUCACGCGCGCUCAGGGACACUCCGCAGGCUCGCCCGCUGGGCCUGGGCCGGAGUCGCGCAGCAUCCCUGCCCGCGAGAAUCGGACGUUGCUGACUUUGAUGGCCGAAGCUCCCUACUCUACAGGUUCAAUCAGAAGCUGAUGAGUACUCUCAAAGAUGUGAUUUCCCUGAAGUUCAAGAGCAUGCAAGGAGAUGGGGUCCUCUUCCAUGGAGAAGGACAACGGGGAGACCACAUCACCCUGGAGCUCCAGAGAGGGAGGCUCGCCCUGCACCUCAACUUGGAUGACAGCAAGCCUCGUCCCAGCAGCAGCGCGCCCUCGGCCACCCUGGGGAGCCUCCUGGAUGACCAGCAUUGGCACUCCGUCCUCCUGGAGCGAGCUGGCAAGCUCGUGAACUUCACCGUGGACAGGCACACACAGCACUUCCGCACCAGGGGCGAGGCGGAUGCCUUGGACAUUGACUACGAGCUUAGUUUUGGAGGAAUUCCAGUGCCAGGCAAACCUGGGACCUUUUUGAAGAAAAACUUCCAUGGAUGUAUUGAAAACCUGUACUACAAUGGAGUAAACAUAAUUGACCUGGCUAAAAGGCGAAAACACCAGAUCUAUACUGUGGGCAAUGUCACUUUCUCCUGCUCCGAACCACAAAUUGUUCCCAUCACAUUUGUCAACUCCAGCAGCAGUUAUUUGCUGCUGCCUGGUACUCCCCAAAUUGAUGGGCUCUCAGUGAGUUUCCAGUUUCGAACCUGGAACAAGGAUGGUCUCCUUCUGUCCACAAUGCUCUCUGAGGGCUCGGGGACCCUGCUGCUGAGUCUGGAGGACGGAACCCUGAGACUGGUGAUUCAGAAAACGACAGGACGUGCAGCUGAAAUCCUCACAGGAAGGGACUUGAAUGACGGCCUGUGGCAUUCGGUUAGCAUCAAUGCCAGACGGAACCGCAUCACUCUCACGCUGGAUAACGAUGCGGCAUCCCCGGCUCAGGACACCAGCAGGAUGCAGAUUUAUUCUGGAAAUCGCUACUACUUUGGAGGGUGCCCUGACAAUCUCACCGAUUCCCAAUGUUUAAAUCCCAUUAAGGCUUUCCAAGGCUGCAUGAGGCUCAUCUUUAUUGAUAACCAGCCCAAGGACCUCAUUUCAGUUCAGCAAGGUUCCCUGGGGAAUUUUAGUGAUUUACACAUUGAUCUGUGUGGCAUCAAAGACAGGUGCUUGCCGAACUACUGCGAGCACGGAGGAACCUGCUCCCAGUCCUGGGCCACCUUCCACUGUGACUGCAGCAACACCGGCUACGUCGGGGCCACCUGCCACAACUCCCUGUAUGAGCAGUCCUGCGAGGUGUACAGGCACCGAGGCAACGCCGCGGGCUUCUUCUACGUUGACUCCGACGGCAGCGGGCCCCUGGGGCCUUUCCGGGUGUUCUGCAACAUCACAGAGGACAAGAUCUGGACGUUGAUGCAGCACAACAACACAGAACUGACCCGUGUGCGAGGCGCCAACCCUGAGAAGCCCUACUCCAUGACCUUGGACUAUGGGGGCAGCCUGGAGCAGCUGGGCGCGGUGAUCGACGGCUCCGAGCACUGUGAGCAGGAGGUAGCCUAUCACUGCAGGAGGUCGCGGCUGCUCAACACUCCAGAUGGGACUCCAUUGACCUGGUGGAUCGGGCGGUCCAAUGAAAGGCAGCCCUACUGGGGAGGCGCCCCUCCCGGAGUUCAGCAAUGUGACUGCGGCCUGGAUGAGAGCUGCCUGGACAUUCGGCACUUUUGCAAUUGUGACGCUGACAAGGAUGAAUGGACAAAUGAUACUGGUUUUCUUUCCUUCAAAGACCACUUGCCUGUCACUCAGAUAGUUAUCACUGAUACGGACAGAACAAACUCAGAAGCGGCUUGGAGAAUUGGUCCCUUGCGUUGCUAUGGCGACCGACACUUUUGGAACGCGGUGUCAUUUUAUACAGAAGCCUCUUACCUCCACUUUCCUACCUUCCAUGCGGAAUUCAGCGCUGACAUUUCCUUCUUUUUUAAAACCACGGCUUUAUCUGGAGUUUUCCUAGAAAACCUUGGCAUUAAAGAUUUCAUCCGACUGGAAAUAAGCUCUCCUUCUGAGAUCACUUUUGCCAUUGAUGUUGGAAAUGGUCCCACAGAGCUCAUAGUCCAUUCUCCUUCUCCUCUGAAUGACAACCAAUGGCAUUAUGUCCGGGCUGAGAGGAACCUCAAGGAAACCUCACUCCAAGUGGACAACCUCCCGAGGAUGACCAGGGAGGCCUCAGAAGAGGGCCAUUUCCAGUUACAGCUCAACAGCCAGCUGUUUGUAGGGGGAACAUCAUCAAGACAGAAAGGCUUCCUAGGAUGCAUACGCUCCUUACACUUGAAUGGGCAAAAGCUGGACCUGGAGGAGAGGGCGAAGGCCGCCUCUGGAGCUCGGCCGGGAUGCCCGGGCCACUGCAGCAGUUACGGCAGCAUCUGCCACAAUGGGGGCGAGUGUGUGGAGAAGCACAGUGGAUACUUCUGCGAUUGCGCCAGUUCACCAUAUGAAGGGCCCUUUUGCAAGAAAGAGGUUUCUGCUGUUUUUGAGGCUGGCACUUCAGUGACUUACAUGUUUCAAGAACCCUACCCAGUGACCAAGAAUGUGAGCCUCUCUUCCUCAGCGAUUUACGUGGAUGCAGCCCUAGCCAAAGAAAACAUUGCAUUGAGCUUUGUGACAGCCCAGGCACCCAGCCUCUUGCUGUAUAUCAAUUCUUCUUCUCAGGACUUCCUGGCUGUCCUGCUCUGCGAGAAUGGAAGCUUACAAGUUCGCUACCAGCUAAACAAGGAAGAAACCCAUGUAUUCACCAUCAAUACAGAGAACUUUGCCAACAGAAGACUGCAUCACUUGAAGAUUAUCAGAGAGGGCAGAGGGCUUACCAUUCAG